AACUUGAGCGCCUUCCCAGCGGGAGGGCGAAGGAGCGCGCAGAGGAGGAGAGGGGCGCUCGGCGGCAGCAGCGGGCGGAUAAUGUCAACGCCGAGCAGAUUCAAGAAGGACAAAGAGAUCAUCGCCGAGUAUGAAAGUCAAGUGAAAGAGAUCCGAGCUCAACUCAUCGAGCAGCAAAAAUGCCUGGAGCAGCAGACUGAAAUGAGAGUGCAACUCCUUCAGGAUCUGCAGGAUUUCUUCCGCAAGAAGUCGGAAAUAGAGAUGGAGUAUUCCCGGAACCUGGAAAAACUGGCAGAGAGAUUCAUGGCCAAAACAAGAAGUACCAAGGACCACCAACAGUACAAGAAAGACCAGAAUCUCUUAUCGCCGGUGAAUUGCUGGUACCUGCUCCUGAACCAAGUGAGAAGGGAAAGCAAAGACCACGCGACGCUGAGCGACAUCUACCUGAACAACGUGAUCAUGCGCUUCAUGCAGAUCAGCGAGGACUCCACCAGGAUGUUCAAGAAGAGCAAAGAGAUUGCAUUUCAGCUUCAUGAGGACUUAAUGAAAGUUCUUAACGAGCUCUACACGGUCAUGAAAACUUACCACAUGUAUCAUGCAGAGAGCAUCAGUGCAGAAAGCAAGCUGAAGGAGGCAGAGAAGCAAGAAGAAAAACAGAUUGGGAGGUCGGGAGACCCUGUCUUUCAUAUUCGACUAGAGGAAAGGCACCAGAGACGGAGCUCUGUGAAGAAGAUUGAAAAAAUGAAGGAAAAACGUCAAGCAAAAUAUUCUGAAAACAAGCUGAAAUCUAUUAAAGCCCGUAACGAAUACCUGCUGACCCUUGAAGCAACCAACGCUUCUGUUUUCAAGUAUUAUAUUCAUGACCUUUCGGAUUUAAUUGAUUGUUGUGAUCUCGGGUACCACGCGAGUCUGAACAGAGCGCUGAGGACCUACCUCUCUGCAGAGUAUAACCUUGAAACCUCCAGGCAUGAGGGCCUUGACAUCAUUGAAAAUGCAGUUGACAGCUUGGAGCCACGAAGUGACAAGCAGAGGUUCAUGGAGAUGUACCCCACUGCCUUCUGCCCACCCAUGAAAUUCGAGUUCCAGUCUCAUAUGGGUGAUGAGGUUUGUCAGGUCACUGCCCAGCAAGCUGUGCAAGCAGAGCUCAUGCUUAGGUAUCAGCAGCUGCAGUCACGACUGGCUACGCUCAAAAUUGAAAACGAGGAGGUUAAAAAAACCACGGAGGCCACUUUGCAGACAAUACAAGACAUGGUCACCAUCGAGGACUACGAUGUGUCCGAGUGUUUCCAGCACAGCCGCUCCACCGAGUCCGUGAAGUCGACGGUCUCGGAGACGUACCUGAGUAAGCCCAGCAUUGCCAAGAGAAGAGCUAACCAGCAGGAAACGGAGCAGUUCUAUUUCAUGAAAUUCAGAGAAUAUCUGGAAGGCAGUAAUCUCAUCACAAAGCUUCAAGCAAAGCACGACUUGCUGCAGAGGACGCUCGGAGAAGGUCACAGAGCUGAAUACAUGACAACAAGCCGGGGCCGAAGGAACUCUCACACAAGACAUCAGGAUUCAGGACAAGUCAUUCCUCUCAUUGUGGAAAGCUGUAUCAGAUUUAUCAAUUUAUAUGGUCUUCAGCAUCAAGGAAUUUUUAGAGUGUCUGGUUCCCAGGUGGAAGUCAACGAUAUUAAAAAUUCAUUUGAGAGAGGUGAAAAUCCUUUGGCAGAUGACCAAAGUAACCAUGACAUUAACUCAGUUGCUGGAGUACUGAAGCUCUAUUUCCGAGGGCUGGAAAAUCCUGUCUUUCCUAAGGAAAGAUUUAAUGAUCUUAUUUCUUGUAUCAGAAUAGACAAUCUCUGUGAGAGGGCUCUUCACAUCCGCAAACUCCUCCUAACUUUGCCCAGGUCGGUCCUUAUAGUGAUGAGAUACCUCUUUGCCUUCCUCAACCACCUUUCACAGUACAGUGAUGAAAACAUGAUGGAUCCUUACAACCUGGCCAUUUGUUUUGGGCCAACACUGAUGCCUGUUCCAGACAUACAAGACCAGGUGUCUUGUCAGGCGCAUGUAAAUGAAAUAAUAAAAACUAUCAUCAUCCACCAUGAAGCUAUUUUUCCAGAUGCUAAAGAACUCGAUGGCCCAGUGUAUGAAAAGUGUAUGGCUGGAGAUGACUACUGUGACAGCCCAUACAGCGAACAUGGCACCUUAGAGGAAGUGGACCAGGACGCUAGUACCGAGCCCCACACCAGUGAAGACGAGUGCGAGCCUAUAGAAGCUAUAGCCAAGUUUGACUACGUUGGAAGAUCUGCACGAGAGCUGUCCUUCAAAAAAGGAGCCUCCCUGCUUUUGUAUCAUCGAGCAUCCGAAGACUGGUGGGAAGGCAGACACAAUGGGAUUGAUGGCCUGGUUCCUCACCAGUACAUCGUGGUGCAGGAUAUGGAUGACACCUUCUCAGAUACGCUGAGCCAGAAAGCAGACAGUGAAGCCAGCAGCGGGCCCAUCACCGAGGACAAGUCCUCAUCGAAGGACAUGAACUCUCCCACUGACCGCCACUCCGAUGUGUAUUCGGGCAGGCAACGGAAAAGAUCAGAACCGCCCCCUCCCCUGAGACGUCCCGGCAGGAGCAGCGAUGGCCACUGCCCGGUGCACCCUCCGCACCCGCUCUCCAACUCCUCCCUGGAGCUGGGAUCCCCCAACCUGGCGACCCACUGCAGCGCCCGCGGCCUCCUGCAGAGCCGCAACCUGAGCGCCGACAGCCCCGAGCGGCGCCGCCGGCCCGGCCACGGCAGCCUCACCAACAUCAGCAGGCACGACUCCCUCAAGAAGAUCGACUCCCCUCCCAUUAGAAGAUCUACGUCGUCUGGUCAGUACACAGGUUUCAACGACCACAAACCACUGGAUCCAGAGUCAAUAGCUCAGGACAUCGAGGAGACCAUGAACACGGCGCUGAACGAGCUGCGGGAGCUGGAGCGGCAGAGCUCGGCCAAGCACGCGCCCGACGUGGUGCUGGACACCCUGGAGCAGAUGAAAGCGCCCGCCCCGGCGGCCGCGGGCCCCGAGGCGCUGAGCCCGCUCCACAGCGUCGUGCUGAGGAGCUCCGAGCCUCCCAUCCGCCGCAGCACCAGUUCUUCCAGCGACACCAUGAGCACCUUCAAGCCCAUGGUGGCCCCUAGAAUGGGAGUGCAGCUGAAACCUCCUGCUCUUAGGCCCAAACCUAUUGUUCUUCCAAAAACUAAUCCUAGCAUAGGACCUGCCCCUCCUUCCCAGGGCCCAGCAGACAAAUCUUGCACAAUGUAAAAUGCUCAGCCACCCACAGCGCACGGCUGGGCUAUGCUAGGGAGAGGAAUGGCUUGACACGAGGAGUCAGGGUUCCACAACAUCCUUUGUUCAUGUUUAUAACUGGAGAGGCUUUGGGUUUUUUUCUGUGUUUUUGAAUGUAUUGUCUGAAACUAGCUACAUUAACAUGGGCAUUUGUAUUUUGUAUGGUUUCAAUUAAAAACAAAACUGGACAGUUGUGCAUCAUUUGAAAAUACAAAACAUAGACUUACUUGAAAACUUAAUGCUGCACCAUUUGUAAUAAAAGCAACACGGAUCACAACUAGCUUGCCACGUUGUACCCUAUUUCACAGUCUUACUAUAGGUACAUCAUAAGGGAUCCUGCACAAAACUAAGGGGCGGGGGGAGUGUAAGUGGAACCUCUUGUUUCUAGGUCACCAAACCAAGUCUCAACUAGGGUAGUGAGAACUGCAGUCUAGCAUGUGAGGAUUAAGUAAGUGGCCUCUGUGGAAGCUCUAAUUUACCCCAGGCCACAUUCUCUCAUUUAAAACACAUCAAAAGAAGAAGAACCCUCACACACUCACCAUUGGCACUGAGUUUUAGCAUCAUUUUUGGCAAUCUUACUAGAGACAAGUGCUAAAUAGAUAGGGAGACCACACUACUCUCACCAAUAGAAAGCAUCAUUCCCAGUCGUAGGCAAAGCGUAUCUCCAGGAUAGUGUGAAGCUGCUGCUUUUGCUGGCCUCUGUAGUAGUGUACCUUUUCCAUGAGCCUGGAACACCACAGGUUUCCAGGAACCAGAGGUUUCCG